ACCAGACUGAUCUCGUACCUUUAGGUACCUCACGCCCUUCUUAAUUGACUGUCGUAGACCUUGCUGGGAACGCGCGUGCGGCGCGGAACUCUAAAGCUAUAAUAAGAUGAAAACCUACCUUGGCCCGGUCACCUCACAACAACGCGGGGUCUUCUGACUGUGAUGAGUUUGCACUCAACGAUUGACAAUUCAAGCAACUUUCUCUGGUUCUCUUGACAGCCUCAAACCGAAGUCGUCCUUGUUCUCGCCAACUUCAUUCUACAUCAGCAUCGAAAUGAGUGCCCAAACAAGUUUUGUUCCUAUCACCAUCCGUGGGCGCUACCUAUGGAGAGGCGAUAGUCGUUUUUUCGUUCGAGGAGUUGUAUAUCAGGCCAGCGAGCGGUUCAACCACAUACUAGACCCCAUCACCGACGAUCGUCUUCCGCAGCUAAAGCAAGAUGUACUUCUGUUCAAGGAUCUCGGAUUGAACACUAUCUUUGUCUACAGUAUCGAUAACACGAAGCCACAUGUACAGACCAUGAUGUUGCUUGAAGAAGCGGGUAUCUAUGUCCUUACAUCGGUCGCUAUUCCCAUGACGAGUAUCCGGCGGAAGGAUCCAUAUAAGUCGUACAACUCCACCACUAUCAAAUCGUUCUUCAAAACCGUGGAUCUUAUGGCUAGCUUCCCAAACACGCUAGGCCUUCUCGCCGCGAGCUUAACUGUCAACAACGAUGCCUUCCUAUCAGCGCCUCCGGUCCUCAAAACCGUUGUGCGAGAUCUCAAGAGGUAUAUGAAGUUGAAGAACGAGAUCGCUGGGCAAAGAACUCUUCCUAUCGCUUAUAAUGCAACGAGUACCAAAGCUCGGGAUGUGACGAUUCUGGACUAUCUGUCGUGUGGUGAUAAAUCGACUUCGAUAGAUUUCUGGACAUGCCAAAACUUCUUAUGGUCUGGGCAAUCGAGCAUGGCUAUAUCUGGCUACGAUCAAAUGAUCAAAAGACUGGAACAUGCUACCAUACCCAUUUUCUUCACGGAAUAUGGUGCUAAUGUGCAUCAGCCUCGCCUAUUCCAGGAAACAAAGGCCAUAUACUCACCACAGAUGAGCCAUGUCAUCUCCGGCGGAUGCGUUUAUGAGUUCUGGCAAGGCACGAACAUGUAUGGCCUGGUGGAAAUGAUCGAACAUGGGAGAGAUCCCAAAUGGUCGAGUUACCAAGCUUCCCUGGCCCGGGCAGACGAUCCUAGCAAGACGAUUGAGAAGCGUGAGACGGAGCAUGGGCUUUUUCUUAUCUUUCACGACUUUGAAAAUUACAAGGCAAGCUUGGCGGCGACGAGAGAUGCAGAGUCGGACUGGGAUCGUGGUCUCGUCGAGCCUGAAAUUGUGCAGGAAGCGAGUGUUGAUACAACGCAGAUCAGCUGGCCAUGGGAGCCUGAGUUCCGUGAGCCAGAAAGUUGCAUAGAUUGGGAGCAGACAGAGAAGUCCCUACGAGAAUAGUAUACUUUUAUAAGCUACUACUGAAUACGAAGGCC